CUUGCAAAAUGAAGCACAACACACAUCCUUCCUUCAAUUACAUUCUAGUCACUAAGGCUAAUAUAAUAUUCUCACUCUCUACUCAAUACUUGUAUUUUUCAAUCACCAAUAGUCCAAAUAUGGGAGGAAACAACCAAAGGAAAUCAAAGUCAUCAUCAUUCAAGUCAGUUUUCAACAUUUUCAAAUCUAGCAGCAACAAACAAAGAGGGUAUGAUUAUUAUGAUGAUGAUUGUGCUAAGCAAAGGAACAAAGUUUGGCCUAGUGAUGAAGACAGAGGUAGUUGGGGUGUUGCUGAUCCUACCAUUGACAUGAGAGCUACUGCUUUCAUUGCUCAAUACAAGAAGCGAAUUACUGAAUCUGAAAUUCACUGGCAAGCUCAACCUGACCAGUAGUAGGAACUACCUAGCUUCUAUGUUUCUCCAUUUUUAAUUUGUUUGUACCUCUCUGUUGUAAAUGUAAUUAGUUAUUGAUUAUCAUUUGUGAACCA